AUGAAUACUGGCUUCGUCCCCGUCAACCCGCGGCCCUUCCUUCAGGACCUGGUCAAUCAGGACGUGAUUGUGCGGCUCAAGUGGGGUCAGACGGAGUAUAAGGGCAGGCUGGUGAGCAUCGAUAGCUACAUGAACAUCCAGCUCGCCAAUACGGAAGAGUUCAUCAACUACAAGUCUACGGGGCAUCUGGGUCAGGUGUUGAUCAGGUGCAACAACGUCUUGUGGGUGACAGCCGCCGCGGGCAAGCAGAUGACACCGACUGAGGACACAAAAAUGGAGGAGUAA